GUCUCGAAAGUGUAUUAGGGCACGAGUUUUUGACACCGGGUAAUUCAUUUCUGCGGAAAAAUUAAUACGCCAAGUGGAAUUAGCGUAGCAGUGAUUCUUGUGAUUUUUUCGAGCUAUGGCAGGCAUCGUGCCAUUGUCUGGUAGAUCUGGUAGAAAACAAUGGACACUACAUGAUGGACCAAGGGGAACUCUUAGAAGAUUGCGAUCUCAGCUGGCUGAGGAUGGUUGUCCAGAGUCCCAAGUAGUUUUAGCCAAACAACUGUUAGAAGAAAGAUGUGAUCUGGAUGUUGAUAAAGAAGAAAAUGCAAAGUUGGGUGUAUACUGGCUUACAAAAGCUUCGGAACAGGGUAACCUGGAGGCAACAGACAUACUUAGGACAUGCUUAGCCACAGGUCGUGGUAUCACAGAACAUAAUUAUUAUGAUGUAAAAAGCUGUCUUGACAUGACUCAAGAUGAGAAGUUAGCCAGAAGAGCAGCAAGGGAAAUGUUUACCAGUCUGUCAAAUGGUGAAGAUUUCAUUACAACAGAGCAGCUACAGAGACGCAUGAGAGAUUUAGCAUCAAACUCCUAUAGUGCUAGUUGUUCUCAUUCCAAUAAUGCAUCGCAUAACAACUCUAGAAAGAACAUAAAUGACAUUUCAACUGACAACUUCCCAAAGAAUAGGCUUCCUGAAGAUUCUAUACCUAAGAAAGGUGGAGGAGAGAAAGAGAAUGGUAUCCAUGAUUGGAUGGAUCAUCAAGGAGAAAAGAUUACAGAGGCAGCUCUGGUUUCUGCUGCUGCCAGUUAUGCACGUGGUAUGCUUCCAAUAGUUUCACAUGCUUUGUGUAUGAUAGAUCCAUCUCAAAUGGCAUUGGAUACUAUACCAUUACUACAAAGGCCUCUUAUUCAUCCCCUCGCAUCGUUGAAGCGUCUUUACGUUUGGUUAAUAGAAACACUAGGUCAAAGGGGAAUGUCAAUUAAAAAGCUUCUUUUCACAUCGAAUAUACAUAUACUGUUACUUCUUUUACUCUAUUCGUUAUUUGGCACAGAAAGCCUCAUACUAUUUGUACCAAUGGCACUAUACUAUUUGUCUUUCGUCGUGAUGGUUAUCGCUACUUUUCAAAUGUUACAACGAAAACGCGAGUUCAAUAAUUUUCGCGUUUGGUCUGGUUUGUUCCUCAGCUAUUCGGGCGGUAAUUUAAACCCCGAGGAAGCAGAAUAUCAAUUCUGUUGUAACAAUCUUAAACCGUAUGGCCACUUUUUCCUUGCCUUACUUUUAAAUCUAAUGAUCUAUCCUAUCAUAGCUCAUCAGUGGACACCGCAAUCGGAAUUCACCGUCAUAGCGGUCAUGUUAACUUUAGUGACUCUCUUGAAUUUUAUGUGGAAAGAUUCGUCCAAAGUUCCCGACUUUUUAGCUCUCUUUAGUUUCGGUGUUCACGUUCUAGCAAAGUAUCCAUACGAAACAGAUAUCGUAGUUGCUCAAGGGUGGAGAUUUCUAGAUAUAAGGGUUCCAACAUUUGCCUCCUACGUUGUCGGCAAUGGUAUCGAAUUUUGUUUGAAUUUUCGUGCAGUUUUCUAUCUCCUAAUCCCGGCCGUGUUUGCAAAAAUGGCUGCGAGGGAUAAUUGGCGGGGAACUUAUCGAACUUUAAUACCCCAUUGCGUUACGUUAAGCUGGUGGCAAAUAGCGAUAUUUAGUUCUCAAGGUGCAACAUGGUACGGCCUAAUUAGAGGUGCUCUCGCUUUAGUUGGUAUGGUUCUCUUUUUACCACUCGCUGGAUUAGCCUCUAUUAUUUUGCCAAUAGUAGCUGCUGCUAAAUAUUUGUCGGAAAGUGAUCUGGCUAUGAGAAUAGCUAUAACUACUUUAUUGGGGGGAAUGCCCUUUCUUGCCUCUUGGUAUUUAAGGAAAACUCGUAUUGCCAAAUUUAAUUGGAUCAUCACCGUUAUACAGCUGGUCAUGGGUAUUAGUGCUGGAAUGUUCUUAUCGUGGCCAAUGAUAAUGGAAUAUAAACAGGAAACGGACACGUACGAAGGUGUUUUGACGCUAUCGUGGGAACAAUAUCAAAAUUACUGUCAUCAGCCUGCAUGGGAAGACUUAUCGUCCAAGGCCCAGGUGCAAAUUCAGUGUGCUGAAUUGGAAGGAAUAUUUAUUUCAUGGGAAGGUUAUAUAACAAAUAUUAAGUUGAAAUCGAUCAAAAAUAAUAUUGCAACGAUAUUUAACAAACUACCCGAUAGUAUCAGAGACGUAGUUAGUUGUAUGUACGGUGAACCGUAUUUAAACAAUUGCAACUCGAGUGACGAAUUAAGGCAGAAAAGUUGCAAGCAAUUUGCCAAAAUUCAGAAACGAAAGAAUAAAUGCCACUUUCCUAAUUGGAAUCAGUACGAGUUCGAGAUCACGGUUAAAAUGAAAAAUGGCAUGUGGGGAAAUAACGCGGAAAUUUUAUUGAUCGCAGAUCACUCGUUCACCAAUUUCAGCUUAAAUACAUAUCAAGGGGAUAAAAUUUGGUUUUCCGGUACCCUUUUAAACAAUGGUUUCGAAGACGAAUCAUUGCUCGGCGGGUUCGAGCCUCACAUUGAACUGGAGGAAAUUGGUUGUCUUGCUUGUCAUUCUGUUCACUUAAAAUCUUACAAACGAUACAACUAUCAUAUAACGUUCAGUUCGAUUUUAAGUGACCUUUGUCUCGGUAUAAAAACCGUUUUGAACUUUUUGUUGAAUCCUAUCGUAAUGUUUAAAUAGUCGCGUGCUACACAAUUGUACAAUCUAC